AUGGCCCGCGACCGCGGCCCGCCCGUGCUGCGGCAGCCCGCCGCCGCGCCGCGCUUCCCCGCCGCCGCCGCCGCCCUCCCCGCCGAGGCCCGCGGCUGGGGCUGGCUGGGAGCGGGGCUGUGGCCGGCGUUGGUGGUGGGGCUGCUGGCCGCCCUCGUCGCCUGGCUCUGGUACGGCGGCGGUGACGGGCGAGACGAGGAGCGCGGCCAGGCGGCGGCCGGGGCGGCCCCGCUGCGGGGCGGCGGCGAGGGGCCCCCGCAGGCGCGGGACGAGGCGGCGGCGGCCACAGAGGACCUUCUGGCGAGCGGUGAGCAAGUGCUGCUGGAGGCCAAGGCUGCUGCCCUCUCCAGCCCUCGGAAGGCAGGGGAGGAUCUGGCGGCCGCACCAAGGCAAGAGCUUAACCAUCUUCAGAGUGGCGGAGUUUCCAGUGAACCUCUGGAGAUGGAGCAGCAGCUCCCGAAGCAGGGUGCCACUGACUCCAGGGAGCAUCCAGCUGAUACGCAUGGCAGCCAGGCAGAUGAACUGAGACCCCAGACGGCACAGGCAAGUGAUGGAUGGUGUGUGAUGAACUUGGCAGGAGCCUCCGAUGAUGUUUGCAAGGACAGAAGCGAGGAGCAGUCGGGUCAGCCAGCUCAGAGUAGGGAUUUGGACCACGAAGAGUGGGAAGUUGUUUCUGAGCACCUGGCCUGGGGGGAGGCUGGCAAGAAUGGCAGCACGGAAGACUCCGACAGCAAGGAAUGGGAACAAGGAGACUGCCCUGAUGGGGACUUGAAAGCCAAGAGAGUUGCAGCUGUGCCCCCCAUGUUUCAAAAUAUCCAUGUGACUUUCCGCGUACACUACAUCACGCACUCAGACGCUCAGCUGCUUGGUGUUACUGGUGACCACGAGUGUCUCGGCCAGUGGCACAGCUACCUUCCCCUCAAGUACGACAAGGAUGGCUUCUGGUCCGAAUCCAUUAUUCUGCCAGCAGACACCAAAGUAGAGUGGAAAUUCAUCUUGGUGGAGAACGGGAAGGUCAGACGCUGGGAGGAAUGCGGUAAUAGGACCCUAGUGACUGAACACGAAGAUCAAAUUGUUCAUCAGUGGUGGGGAUACCAUUAAUGUGAUUUUUGGAAGCUGCUUAUCGAAUGGCAAACCUGCUUAGAUUAAUCACUGAGCCCCUAAACUUUACCCCUUCUUCAGUAGGAGACCUUCUUGAGUGCAGAGCUCUGUAAAUCCCGUAUCAAACCUGGUUAAACUGUGUGAGCAGCCGAUCUCUGCCAUCCCUUUAGGAAAUCAUUUGGCAACCCGAAAAAUCAACUACAAACACGUUCUGAAGGUGUGCAAGGUAGGCUAUGAAGGCGUGAGCAGCAAUGCCAAGCAGCUGCCUGUCCAGGUAAAUCUGGACCCUGGACUUGAGUUUGUGUUGCUUUGAGUGGGGCUAUGGGAUGCAUCUUUGUACCAACUGCUUAGGGCUUUUGAAAUACUAGGAAGUGUGGUUACCUACACUGUAGUGGGAACUUAAGUGUUUUAACUUAUGUAAUGUAUUGAGUAAGCAAUAAACAGUUUCAGACUGACAGUCCUUU